UGUUAUAAGAGGGUCUUGAUGAGGAUCUCGGGGGUGUUGUCUGUCACUUUGGAGUAACAUGGAGACAUCAGUAGAAAGAGGAGAGGAUCACAUCAGCUCGUUCUACCAGAGUAACCCACUGCUUGACUUAGACAUGAAACUGAGCAGGACGGACAUGUACACCUUCCAGAGCAGCGAUCUAAAACCAGCCAAGGCCAGAGGAGCACAGCGAUGUCUGAAUGUUAUUGUCGUUUACCUCAUCCUUCUGACUGCACUGAAUGCCUUCCUCCUUUACAAAGUCUUUUCGAUGGAGUCUUGUUGUUUCUCCUCCUCUGGCUCCAGGACAACGACGCUGACCAACAUCCACCUCCCCCUGGGGACGGACCAGGAGGAGGACCUCCGUACCCUGGCCAGAAACACCAGCUUGGAGUCCAACUCUCUCAGAGGAGACCUGGGGAGGUUACAGACCCAGGUCAGCAGCCUAUGUGGGGAGGAUGGACAGCUGGGCCAGCUGAGGACAGACCUGGGUGUGGUCAAUGCCAGCACCACUCUCCUUCAGGACACAGUGAAAACACUCAGAUUCCUCAAAGCUUCACCAGGCCCACAGGGACCUAUUGGUCCACCUGGUGCGAGCGGGGCAACUGGUGUGAGGGGGGAGAAGGGAUACACAGGUGAGACAGGACAAAAAGGAGACCCUGGAGUUGAUGGCCAGACUGGUGCCAAGGGAAAACCAGGGGAACCAGGACCCAAAGGUGAAGAUGGUGCCACUGGACCACAAGGACCAGCUGGUGCACCCGACAGUGGAGCCACCAACUGUUCAGGACCCCCUGGGCUGCCAGGACCACAGGGACCAAAGGGGGAUAUGGGACACAUUGGUUUACCAGGGAUAUCAGGCCAGAAUGGAACCAAAGGGGACACUGGAGUCCAGGGGCGUGAUGGAGUAAAAGGGGCCCGUGGUCUGAAGGGUGACACAGGGCCGACAGGAGAGCCUGGACCCACAGGACCUGAAGGACCAAGAGGACCUGCUGGUGUUAAUGGAACAAGAGGACUUGCUGGUCUUCCAGGAUUGCCGGGAAGUCCUGGAAGCCAAGGUCCACGUGGAGAAAAGGGUGAAAGAGCAGCUGGACCAGCGAAUGUGCGUAUUGUUGGUGGGGGGACUCGUGGGAGAGUGGAGGUGAUGUGGUUGGGGCAGUGGGGUACGGUGUGUGACGACAGCUUCGACACAUUGGAUGGGACGGUGCUCUGCAAGAUGCUGGGGUACCAAAGAGCCUCUACAGUCUUCACGGCAAGCCCCGGGGUGGGCAAGAUCUGGUUUGAUGACUUGCGCUGCACAGGCACAGAGGCCAGUGUGUUUGACUGCCCCCACAACGGCAUGGGCAUCAACAACUGUCAACACAACGAGGACGCUGGGGUGCAGUGUGUGUGAGUGUGUCCUGGAUCCAAAGGAGAGACUCCUGGACUCCAUCGAAAAGACUGGAGGAGAGAUGCAUAGAGAGAGAGAGAGAGAGACACACACACACACACACACACACACACACACACACACACACACACACACACACACACACACACACACACACACACACACACACACACACACACACACACACACACACACACACACACACACACACACACACACACACACACACACCAUGUAGAAACAUGAACAUGUCAAAGACUGUAGUUAAUGGUAUGGAGACUUGUUGCAUCUACUUUGUCUCAUCUUAUUAAAACAACAUUAAUAACUUAUAGGCAUUUCAAUAAACAUGGCAUUUAACUAA